AUGUCAUCUCCUCCACCAGCAUACGACCCUCCAUCCAGUUCCUACCCAUACCGCUCGUCAUCUCCCACCUCACCCACUCAACCUACCUCAGCUACAUCUAAACCUUACUCUGACCAUUCACGACCCCUCUUACCCAGACAUAAAAGUCUUCUAGAUGAGAUCCUCCCCAUUCCCACCCCGGCUUACUCGGACCAUCGAUCAGAUUGGCCAGUUUUACGCAGAACGUUGGCAGUUGGAAUUAUAAUGAUUUUCUUCAGUAGCGUCAUUUUCCUCGCUUUGACAACUGGACAUGGUGGAUCAGGAAUGAAAUCUAUUUUUUCUUCUUUGAGACCAGAUGAGGACUUAUUGAGUGGGAGUGUACAGGGAAUUGGGGGGGUGAAAGAUAUGAAUGACUCUAGUAAGGGGGAAAUAGAUUUCGAACACUAUACCAUCCUACGUACCCUUCCUGGCGAGCUUCCAGCAUUGGGUAAACGACUCAUUCUCAUUGGUGACAUACACGGCUCCAUCGAUCCCUUGAAACGACUCAUGACUAAGAUUCAGUAUGAUCAAGAACACGAUAGAUUGAUCCACGUAGGAGAUUUGAUAGCUAAAGGAGAAGGGAAUGAUGAGGUUUUGAGUUGGAUGCGAGAGAGGGAGGUUAUGGGUGUAAGGGGUAAUCAUGAUCAACCUGUAAUUCAAUGGCGUGCAUGGAUGGAAUGGGCUGGAGGAAGGAACUGGCAAGAUUAUGUCGACGGUUUAGAACCUCUCGGUGAGAAAACGGCCUUGAGCGCAUUGAGCAAAAAUGGCAAAAUGUUCCCUAAAGAUUGGGAGUGGAAAGGGGAACAUUGGCAAUUAGCUCGAGAAAUACAAUCAACAAAUUAUCAUUAUCUCCUCAACCUUCCUCUCGUCCUUCAUCUUCCCGUCCUCCAUACUUUCGUAGUUCACGCAGGUCUACUCCCCUCCAACCAAUUGAAAUCAUCCUCCGACCCAUCCCAACCCCUGGUACAAGCUUCAAACUCUACAGGUCUAUCACGAGCCUCAGAAGAACUUGGUAUCUUGUUCCAAGUACCUCAAAAUUCCGUCCCGUGGAAUCUCUUGAAUAUUCGUUCUGUUUUGAAAAAGGGAAAACAUAGGGGUGAACCGACCAAUAGCUCUAAAAAAGGAACUCCUUGGAGCGACAUUUGGAAUAAAGAGAUGAAGCGAUGUCGAGGAGAAGGGGCUUGGGCCGAUACGAAAACAUCUUCGGAGGUGGAGAAUGAGAUAGAGGAUUCUGAUAUUGAGACAGAGGAAGAAGAAGAGGUGGAUGAGUUGAAGAGUGUUACUCCGACUCAGAAAGGCAGAAGUGGUGGGAGACGAGACAAAUUACCUUGUUCUCCCAUUACUGUCAUCUAUGGCCAUGCUGCGGGGAGAGGUUUAGAUAUCAAACGGUUUAGUAAAGGUAUAGAUACCGGUUGUGUGUAUGGCAAACAACUCACCGGAUUGAUUAUCGGUGAUACGAGUGGUCUGGAAGGAGAGAAAGUUAGGGUGGGUGAUCAUGAGGGAUUAUUGGUACAUGAACAAUGUGGUAAGAACGGGACUUGA